AUGAGCGGCGUCAAACGAAAAACCAACGGCGGAGACUCUGGGUUGGUCAUACCGAAAAAGGCUGCGAAAUCGACUGACGAAUCCUCUCUAUUGGCUUCCUAUGAUAUGAAACCACCAGCAAACGUCCCGUCGAAACCUCAGCCGACAGCCAGUGCCAAAGCACCCAAAUCUGCCCGAAAUGACGCACCUCCCCGUAAACCAGCAAACGCACUUACCACCAGUCCUAAUGGCAUGGAUAUAACUGUUGUAUCUCAUUCUUUACCUGUAAGCUCUGUGAACACAAACGUAACUUCUUCUACUAAUGCUACUAGCAUAGCUCAGCCUCCUGCCAAAAGACCUUCACGUGACUUGGACUCCAUGGUUUGGAAUUCACUAUCCAAACUCUGUGUUGGCUUGGCAGAGUCUGAGAAUGACAAUUAUACGUUGAAGGAGAAGUCUUCUGGGAGCGCCGGUGCGCUUAUUGAUUUGUCGGGAUCCAUGUUGGAGAGAAGUGAGUUUGAUUGGUACGAUACGGAUCAGAACGGGAACAUUGUGGUUCAGCCAAAGAUCCCCAUUUUCCCGGAAGAUUUUCCUCCUGGAAAACCAGAAUGGCCACUUUCGUGGUGGGGAAUUGUCGAUCCCAGCGUUGAAGAAAAUGGGAAAGGAGCCUCUCCUCCUAGCACAAAAGGAAGGGACGGAAAAGAGAAAUCAAAGGAGCGGCGACGAGAGUCCAAUGAUUCGUCAAGGAAAUCUCGUGAGACUCCUGAUUCAAAGAAGUCUAGACGUCGUUCAGGGUCUAGAGAGGGAUCUAAGCGUCGCUCAGAGUCAAGAGAUGGAGAACGAGAGAGGUACGGACGAGACAAAAGAAGAGAUGACCAUGCACUUCCACCACCACCACCAGUUCGCGAUGAGGAAAUGACUCGACGUCCAUCAAUUGACCGAGCUGCACAAAUUCCAGCUGAUCAGCAGGUGAGCCGCCGCUCAAGAUCGAGAGAGGGGUCUAGGCGCCGUUCAAGGUCAAGAGAUGUAGAGCGGGAGAGGCAUGGACGAGUUCACGGCAGAGACGACCAUGGACACCCACCACCACCAUUUCGCGAUGAUGAAAUGAGGCGACGUCCAUCCAUGGACCGGGCUGCACCAAUUCUAGCUGAUUACCAUGAUGGCCCACCACGUGAUCGCUAUCAUCCAGAUGUCAGGGAACCACCAAGGCUCGUGGAUUCUAGACGAAGAUUUCCCGGCGACAGAGAACCAUCACCUCCGCGAUAUCGAGACAGCAAUCGACGAUCUCGCUCGCGGCAUGAUGAUCGAGAGUUUGAUAGAGAGGAACGGGGUCGAAGGGAAAGAGGAGAAAUGCCUCGUGAGAGAAGACCUCCGGUGGAUGGUAUGCCACCACCACCACCACCACAAGAUGAUCAUUAUGGCCCUGGCCCUGGUCCGGAUCGAGCACGUCCUCGGGAAGAUAGGGACCGUCCAAUUGAUGAUAGAGGGCGAUACAACGAAAAAGAGCGAAGCAGGGGAGACAGACGGAGGUUUGAUGUCAGGGAUCGUGAUCGUUCAUUAGACGACAGACGGCGACUUGAUGACUUGGAUCGUCGUGGAGAAGAUAGAAGACGUCACGACGAUAGAGAUCGUCUCGGGGAAGACAGGCGUCGACCUGAUAACAAAGAUCCUUUGGUAGAUGAAAGGCAUAUGCUUGACGAGAGACGUCGCCCAGAAGAUGAUCGGCGUCGGCAUGGCGACAGGGAAAGGCGUCGAUCUGAAGAUAGAAACCGUGCGGUUGCUGACCGUGAUUCCAGACGGUACGGUGAUAGAGACCGCGAUUACGGCAGUAGGGAUCGUCGAGAUCGACGCAUGGAUGAACCGAAUCCGUAUGGUCCUGCUGAGGAUCAUUACAUCGAUAACAGGGGACCGCCAAGGCUUGAUGAUCGUCGUCGUUCCGAAGUUGGGCGUCCACGGAAUCGGGACCAUUAUCGCAGGGAUGAUGAUCGGCAUUCAAGGCGACGAGAUGAUAGAGAACCGCGAUAUGCAAGGGACGAACUGGAUUCCCACCGACCAAGGCACGGCCGUCCUACCGACAUCAAAAGACCACGAGAUGGAGAUGAUAAUGCCAAACGAUGA